UUCCGCCUCCAUUCGCGGCUUUUUUUUCAUGCAGGAAACGGAGCAAACCUGUCCGACACCUCUCACUACAGAUAGUUAUCUCGUCUGCAGUCCUUAGGAUGCGAUAGCAGGCCUGUGUCGGGGGGCGGUUCGGCCGAAGAGCCCGUGGAGCUCGCGGUCCUGGAUGUGAAGUUUCCUUGCAGAAACCAAUGUGUUUUCCGGUCGGAAACAAAACUGUCAGACCACAUGGACAGGAUCCCCCACUGGCUUCCCACCUGCUACUACUGCCACUGGUUGUCUGUAGGGCCAAACCAGAAUCACCGGCGUCACCAACUGAAACCGGGUCUGCGCAUUGGUGGGCAAAAUAUUUUUUCUAUUGCGCCACCCAGUGUGCAAACGUUUACUUAUUACAGUAAACUCAUCUUUUUGUUGAAAGACUGAUAACACUAAAUCGGAUAAGUUACUUUUGUAAAGAAAAGGAAGACGAAGAAAGGAAAAAAAACAUAUGGAGAGGAGAAUUAGCACAAGGAACCGGAAUACACCCAAAUAUAAGGAUUAUGAUGAGGAGGAUGAGGAGGAGCAGGAAGAAGAAGAGGAAUAUCCAGAAGACGAUGAGCAGCCAGGCACAUCCACCCAGAACACUCCUAACAAGAGAGCACAGGAUGAUAGACUCUUGCCUGUAAGCUGUGGAAAGAGAAAUGGCACCCUGCAUGUGAAAAAGCUAUACAGGGGUGAGGAGUGUAUCGAGUCGGAGGGCCGCUGGUUUUCUCCCGGUGCCUUCGAGGACUUUGGGGGGAAAGCCGCCAGUAAAAAAUGGAAAACAAGUAUUUCCUAUAAAAAAAAGCCUCUGCAGUUUUUAUUUGAGCAAGGUUUGUUAAACACCAGAGGAUUUAAAAAGAGAAGAGCUGAAACUAUGAAGCAAAAGAAAAUCCCGUCACGUAAUUGCAUAUCAGAGAGCCAGUCUGAAGAGUCAGACAUACAAUCCAAAGAAGAAUCGGAGGAAGAUGAAGAUGAAGAUGUUAAAGAUGACAACUGGUUUCGAGGCAGUGAAGAAUUGACACAGGAGUCAGAGGAGGAAGGUGAAGAAAGAGUAGGGGUUAAAGAUGGAGGGGACGUUGUAGACUCAGGAGUUAACAAAAGUAAAGGAGAGAAAGAUGAAAUCGGAGAAACGGAAAAUGAGGAUAUGACUCCUGUUGCUGAAAACGACAAAGACAUCGAAAGAGAGACAAACGUCACCCUUUCGACAUCGGCGAAAAAUGAAUUGCAGAAGGAAGUAAAAGUAGUCCUCAAAAGGCUUUCAGAGUUACAGACCACGAGAGAUUGUCAUCCCAGCGGCACGGAGCAUCCUCUAGAAGACAGCUGGUGCACGCCAUUGGACGGGGAUGCAGACAGUGAAGAGGAGAGAGAGCACAGCGGGUCGGCAAAAGAUGACCCCAUUGAUCCCUCACGCAUAUCAGACCCACCCAUCGUUUGGGGACAAAGUAAUGAAAGAAAAGAUGGACACAGAGAAACCAAAACUGGAACUCCUCUGUGUGCACCAGUGGCCUCGGCCCCAGACAUCCAACCUGAAAUCCUGAAUAAACCUGAUGACGCUGGCUCGACCUGCAAUCACACUGCCGAACUUCGAAUCUCCCCCGUUCUGUUAGUCCCACACGGAGCCAUAAAUAUCAGAGAUGUCGCCACAAACACAGAACCCAUUCAGAGAGAUGCCACGUCCUCUGGCCAUGAUGCAGCACUAUUGAAAGUGAUCAAAACAGAGAAAAGGUUUCCCCAAGCCUCAGACAGCACUCAGCCCUCCGACACAGUGGAGGCUCCGAUCUCCACUCAGUCUGAUCUGGAUACAAUGGACCUUGACCAGCUGAAGAGAGAGAAAAUAAUAAUGCAACUAAAAGUUUUGAAGUUGCAAGAUGAAUACUACACUUUGAAAAUUAAGGAACUCAAAAAAUGAAGUUCUUUUCAUUGGAGCCUAACUGUUAAGUUUGACAGUAUGGACGAACUUGUACGGUGCAGCCAAAAUUCAUGCACAUUGCAUUAUCACUUACAUGUAUACUAUUACAGAUAAACUUCAGAACAGAAUACAAUUGUGUUGGCUAGUUUUAAAGGACCAGGACGCUGACAUCCAGGGACGUCACUAGGAUUUAAAGACGGGGUGCUUAUCGCCCACAGUAUUAGUGACUUGCGCUUCACUCACAUCUUUGGUUACUGUUUUGUAUUUACACUGAUGUCAACAGUCAAGAAACUAAGAUGUUAACAAGUAGAAAGUGAAAGACAUACUGUAAAUACUGGUUCAUGUUUGUAAAACUGAUGUGUAUUUCAGCCAAGACUUUAUUUUCUUCCUGUAAGGUGAUUUUAUCCUGUUCUUUGUUUGGCUUAUGUUGACAUUUGUAUUUUUAAUUUGUGCAGGACGUAAACAAGGUGAAUUGAAAACUGCAAUCAGUCAUCCGGUCUUUAGUCCUUUUGUUAGGACAUUAUAUCUUUACAUCCAUAUAUCUUCUGUUUGAAGGACAUUAUUUACAAA